GUUAGUUGAUUGGUUUUUUUUUUUGGUUUACUUUUUUUGAUCGCGCGAGGUCGCGGUCGGGAUGGGAGGGACGAGGAGAUCGGGACAAGAUCGAGGUCAGGAUGGGACAGGAGUCGGGAAGUCGGGAUGGGAGAUGGGUUGGGACGCGGUCGGGGAAGCAAGGGGAGAGAGGGGGAGUCGGGACGGGGAGGUCGGGAUGGGAGGUUGGGAACGGGAGGUGAGGGAGAGGUCGGGACGAGGAGAUUGGGACGGGGGAGGAGGGAGAGGUCGGGAUCAGGGAGGGAGAGUUGGGACGAUGUCGAGGUCGGGAUGGGAUGGGAGUCGGGAGGUCAGGAUCGGAGACGGGUUAGGACACAGGAUAUCGGGACGGGAGAGGAGGGAGAGGUCGGGAUCAAGGAGGGAGAGUUGGGACGACGUCGAGGUCGGGAUGGGAUGGGAGUCGGGAGGUCGGGGGGAGAGAGAGAGAAGUCGGGACGGGGACGUCAAGAUGGGAGGUUGGGAUGCGAGGCGCGAACAGAGGAGGGAGAGGUCGGGAUUAGGGAGGGAGAGCUGGGACGCCUGUCGCGAUCGCGAUGGGAGACGGGAGCGAGGUCGCGGUCGGGAUGGGAGGGACGAAGAGAUCAGGACAAGAUCGAGGUCGGGAUGGGACGGGAGUCGGGGGAGUCGGGAAGUCGGGAUGGGAGACGGGUUGGGACGCGGUCGGGGAAGCAUGGGGAGAGAGGGGGAAGUCGGGAUGGGGAGGUCGGAAUGGGAGGUUGGGAACGGGAGGUGAGGGAGAGGUCGGGACGAGGAGAUCGGGACGGGGGAGGAGGGAGAGGUCGGGAUCGGGGAGGGAGAGUUGGGACGAUGUCGAGGUCGGGAUGGGAUGGGAGUUGGGAGGUCGGGAUGGGAGACGGGUUGGGACACAGGAGAUCGGGACGGGAGAGGAGGGAGAGGUUGGGAUCAAGGAGGGAGAGUUGGGACAACGUUGAGGUCGGGAUGGGAUGGGAGUCGGGAGGUCGGGAUCAGGGAGUCAGGAGGUCGGGGGGAGAGAGAGAAGUCGGGACGGGGAAGCCGAGAUGGGAGGUUGGGAUCGAGAGGUUGGGAUGCGAGACACGAACAGAGGAGGGAGAGGUUGGGAUUAGGGAGGGAGAGAGCAAAGGCAGAGAGGGAGAGGUCGGGACGAGGAGAUCGGGUCGGCAGAUCGCAGUCGGGAGAGCGAAGGGAUCGGGGAGUCGGGAGGUCUGGAUGGGAGACAGUUUAUGACGAGGUGGGGAUGGGAGACAGUUCGGGACGCGGUCAGGGAAGCAAGGGGAGAGAGAGAGAAGCCGGGAUGGGGACGUCGGGAUGGGACGUUGGGACCGGGAGGCAGGUCGGGAUUAGGAAGGUCGAGGGAGCGAUGGCAGAUGGGAGCAGGUCGAGGUCGGGAGAAGAAAGGGAGAGAGGCUGAGGUCAGGAUGAGGAGAUCGGGACAAGGGAGGAGGGAGAGGUCGGGAUCAGGGAGGGGAUAGGAGCCGGGAGGUCGGGAUAGAAGACGGGUUGGGACACAACCAAGAGAGCAAAGGAGGGAGACGCUGCUCGCAGCCGGGAGA